AUGGUGUCGUCUCUACGACUACCAACGCUUACCUCCCUCUUCUCUCCCUCUCUCACCCGUCGAUCCACGUUGUCUCUGCGACGGCGCCUCCAUCUCGGUCCGCCUCUAGCCACUGGGUUCUCCUCCCAGAGUGCGGCUCCGAGUCCUCCGGAAACCGAGGACCGAGUGGACAACAAGAAGAGCAGCCGAGUCCAAGACCGAGCGAACGCUGAACGAGUCAUCACGCCUCGGUCUCCGGACUUCAAUGCUUGGUACCUUGAUGUUAUUGCUAAUGCUGAGCUAGCUGAUUAUGGUCCUGUUCGUGGUACCAUGGUUAUUCGCCCCUACGGUUAUGCUAUUUGGGAGGCAAUUCAGGAGUAUUUGAAUGUUAAAUUCAAGGAGACUGGGCACAGCAACAUGUACUUUCCACAGUUAAUUCCAUACUCAUUUAUAGAGAAAGAAGCUAGCCAUGUUGAAGGAUUUAGUCCAGAAUUAGCACUUGUUACGAUCGGAGGAGGAAAGGAACUCGAAGAGAAACUUGUGGUUCGACCUACCAGUGAAACCAUUGUAAAUCAUAUGUUUACCCAGUGGAUUCACAGUUAUCGUGAUCUUCCUCUUAUGAUUAAUCAGUGGGCAAAUGUCACGAGAUGGGAGAUGCGCACAAAACCAUUUGUGAGGACUCUUGAAUUUCUUUGGCAGGAAGGUCACACUGCUCAUGCCUCACCAGAAGAGGCAGAAAAAGAGGCGCUACAGAUGAUUGGUGUCUAUACAAAGUUUGCUUAUGAGCAAGCUGCAAUACCUGUAAUUGCAGGUCGAAAAUCUAAAGUGGAAACAUUUGCUGGUGCUGAUAGAACCUACACAAUAGAGGCUAUGAUGGGUGAUCGUAAGGCCUUGCAAGCUGGAACCAGCCACAAUCUUGGGCAAAACUUCUCCCGUGCUUUUGGGACACAGUUCACUGAUGAAAAUGGACAAAGGCAACAUGUGUGGCAAACAUCUUGGGCUAUCAGCACAAGGUUUGUUGGUGGUAUUAUCAUGACCCAUGGAGAUGAUACUGGCCUUAUACUUCCUCCAAGAAUUGCACCAAUACAGGUGGUAAUUGUACCAAUUUGGAAGAAGGUUGAUGAGAAAACAGGAGUUCUAGAUGCUGCAUCAAAAGUUGCAGAAAUUCUAAAAACUGCUGGACUUAAAGUUAAACUUGAUGGUGCAGAUCAGAGAACACCAGGAUGGAAGUUCAAUUUCUGGGAGAUGAAGGGAGUACCUCUGAGGAUUGAAAUUGGUCCCCGUGAUGUUUCAAGUGGGACUGUGGUCAUAUCUAGAAGAGAUGUUCCUGGGAAGCAAGGGAAAGUUUUUGGAAUAUCUAUGGAACCUUCAAUAUUAGAAGCUUAUGUCAAAGACAGGUUGGAUGAGAUCCAAUCAUCUCUUCUUCAGAGGGCAAUAUCUUUUCAGGACAGUAAUAUUGUGGAUGUGAGCUCCUAUGAAGAACUCAGGGAAGCUAUAUUCUUGGGCAAAUGGGCUAGGGGUCCUUGGUCAGCUAGUGAUGCAGAUGAAUUAAGAGUAAAAGAAGAAACAGGGGCAACAAUUCGCUGUUUCCCCUUUGAACAGCCCCAGGGGAUCAAAACAUGCUUGAUGACAGGCAGCCCUGCAAAGGAGGUUGCCAUUUUUGCAAAAUCUUAUUAAGUUUUUGGUACACUUGAUUAUCAAGUUUACAGACUAUUGCAGUUAGAUGUCCUAAAUCUUGUAUAUAAACAUGAAUCUUUGAUUACAUUUACUGAAACAGAACAAAUAAUUGUUUAUGCUUUUUUUAUAAGGCAAUUGUUUAAGCAUUUUUGAAGCUUUGUAGCGUGUUCAUGUUAUAGCCCCACUUUGAGGGAUCUAGGACAACAAUUUGUAGUUAUGGUCUGAUAUAGCGAUAUUCUUUUAGAUAGAGGUGACAUUGAUUUGUAUUAUUUUAUCUAGUGCUGUGUUUUUAUAAAUGGAGGUUCUUCGUGAAAAUGCCUAAGCUUGGCAUAACUUGUGUAUGGUAAGUGGCAAAGAUAGAUGGAGGCUUUUCCUAGGCCACCUGCACAUGUUUGACUUUCGGCUUUUGUUUUUGUUGAUCGUCUUUUAUAUGUUUUUUUGGCCACCCGGGUGUUGGAAUUGAGACACAUAGGAUUAAGAUGAUUUGGUUUUGAACAUUAGCACAAAGGGCUUAGGAGACCUAUUGCCUCACAGCUUUGGUAUUGAUAGUGAUAUUGGUAUUGGUAUUGGUGUAUAGUCUUGAGAGAGAAGCUUAAUUUUGUUUGAGUAGUGUACAAAAUCAUUGGCUGAUUGAUUUAAAAGAAAAGAGUUAGAGAAAAGGUGUAGCAUAGAAAUGGAAAUUUGUGAAAAUUUGAGGGUCGGAACUCCAAAGAGUAAAAUGGGGAGCAACUUGAAGCAAAUGUUGCAGUUAAGGACCUCUCAACACGUAUAACGGGCUUUUACUCUUUCGCCGGGCCGUUGGUGCUUCAAAGUUGUCUGUAAUUAUUACAAAGCAACGCACUCUCCGUUGCAUCGUGGCCGUCCAAAUCGCCAUUGCAUUGGCCAUUUGCUGCUUACGUGGAAGGCUAAGAUGGGAGGCAAAGGCGUAAUCUUCUGACUUAAGGGUGGCC